AACGUUUGAUCGGACGCAAGUUCAACGAGCCAGAGGUGCAGGCAGACAUGAAGCAUUUCCCCUUCAAGAUCAUUGAUAAGGGCGGAAAGCCAUUUAUCCAAGUUGAGUUCAAGGGCGAGACCAAGGUGUUUACACCGGAGGAAAUCUCAUCCAUGGUCCUUACCAAGAUGAGGGAGACUGCCGAGUCGUACCUUGGUGGCACCGUCAACAAUGCAGUUAUUACCGUUCCAGCAUAUUUCAACGACUCACAACGCCAGGCCACCAAGGACUCUGGUCUGAUUGCUGGUCUUAACGUCCUCCGCAUCAUCAACGAGCCUACUGCAGCUGCCAUCGCUUACGGUCUCGACAAGAAGGGCCAGGGAGAGCGUAACGUUCUUAUCUUUGAUUUGGGUGGUGGUACUUUCGAUGUCUCUCUUUUGACUAUUGAGGAGGGUAUUUUCGAGGUGAAGGCGACUGCCGGUGACACUCACUUGGGUGGUGAGGACUUCGACAACCGUCUUGUCAACCACUUUGUCCAGGAAUUCAAACGCAAGCACAAGAAAGAUCUCACUUCCAACGCCCGUGCUCUCCGCCGUCUCCGUACUGCUUGCGAACGUGCUAAGCGUACCCUCUCCUCCUCUGCUCAAACCUCCAUCGAAAUUGAUUCUCUCUAUGAGGGUAUUGAUUUCUACACCUCGAUCACUCGUGCUCGUUUCGAAGAGUUGUGCCAGGAUCUCUUCCGCUCCACUAUGGAGCCCGUCGAGCGUGUCCUUCGUGACUCUAAGAUCGAUAAGAGUUCCGUCCACGAGAUUGUCUUGGUUGGUGGUUCUACCCGUAUCCCCAAGGUCCAGAAGCUGGUGUCCGACUUUUUCAAUGGGAAGGAGCCCAAUAAGUCCAUCAAUCCCGACGAAGCUGUCGCCUACGGUGCUGCCGUCCAGGCGGCUAUUCUUUCUGGUGAUACCUCUUCUAAGACCCAGGAGAUCUUGUUGCUCGACGUUGCCCCACUUUCCCUCGGUAUCGAGACCGCUGGUGGUGUCAUGACUCCUUUGAUCAAGCGCAAUACCACUGUCCCGACCAAGAAGAGCGAGGUUUUCUCGACUUUCUCCGACAACCAGCCCGGCGUGUUGAUCCAGGUAUUCGAGGGUGAGCGCGCUCGCACUAAGGACAAUAACUUGCUUGGAAAAUUCGAGCUUACUGGAAUCCCCCCCGCUCCCCGUGGUGUGCCUCAAAUCGAGGUCACCUUCGACAUUGAUGCCAACGGUAUCUUAAACGUCUCCGCUGUUGAAAAGGGUACUGGGAAGACUAACCGCAUUACCAUCACCAACGACAAGGGCCGUCUCAGCAAGGAGGAGAUCGAGCGUAUGCUCGCGGAGGCCGAGAAGUACAAGGAGGAGGAUGAGGCGGAGGCGUCAAGAAUCCAGGCCAAGAACGGACUUGAAUCUUAUGCUUACUCUCUCCGUAACACAUUGAGCGACGAGAAGGUUGAAGAGAAGCUUGAUGCCGGUGACAAGGAGAAGCUCAAGAGUGCUAUCGAUGACACCGUUGAAUGGUUGGACAACAACACCACUGCUACUAAGGACGAAUUCGAAUCUCAGCAGAAGGAGUUGGAAGGAGUUGCCAACCCCAUCAUGAUGAAGUUCUACCAGAGCCAAGGUGGUGCUCCUCCUGGAGGCAUGCCAGGUGCUGGUGGCUUCCCUGGUGCUGGUGGGGCUCCCCCAUCUGGCGGUGGUGAUGAUGGUCCUCAGGUUGAAGAGGUGGACUAAAUGGAAGUCGAAUAAACCGCACAAAUACAUAGAAGUCUUGUUUGCGCAGUUUCUUUCUCUUGUUCUCUUUCUUCCAAUAAUGUCAUCCUGGGGUUUAAGAUAGGGGCGGGAAAAGUAGUGUGCUUUCUUUUUCUUUUCAUUCCUUCCUAUGGUUUCUUACACUUUUCCUCCUACCCACUUGUAUUUACGAAAGGUUUAUGGGUCUACGAAA